UGCAGCACUUUGGGGUGGACACCCAUCUGUCUCGAUUAAUGGGAGAAUAUUUGAAAUAGACAAGAUGGCAGCGUACACAUUGUUGGAUGACUUCAUGGAGCAAAACAUUUAUUUUAAUAAUGGAGCAUUUUCUUAAUUCAAACGCUCCACCUGCAACUGGACACGGACAUUUUAGAAGAUACAUUUUGGGCGAAUUGAGAAUGAAGAAAGUAUUGUUAAGGUCCGUCGAAAAUUCUCUGCUACACUUACAGGCACGGACACUCAGGUCAUGAGAUGGGAUGUGUGUACUGCUGGAGGAAUAAGGAGCUGAAAGAGGAGCAAAGUAUCCGUUGAAAACACUCAGACGUUUUGCAGAACUGGGAAGAAGUGUUCUCCUGUUGCCAGUAUGUCGGCUGUUCCUGCGGCCGUCCCGACGCUUGUUAAUCCACCGCCACCAGAGUUCUUCAACCCCAACAAGCCUGGCAGGAAAACUAACCAACUACAGUACAUGCAGAAUGUUGUGGUGAAGACUCUAUGGAAACAUCAGUUUGCGUGGCCCUUUUAUACGCCUGUGGAUACCAUCAAAUUAUGUCUUGCUGACUAUCAUAAAGUUAUCAAGAGCCCAAUGGACAUGGGAACAAUAAAGAAGAGGCUAGAGAAUAACUACUAUUGGAGCGCCAGCGAGUGCAUGCAGGACUUCAACACAAUGUUUACCAACUGUUACAUCUACAACAAGCCUACAGAUGACAUUGUGCUGAUGGCCCAAGCUCUGGAGAAAAUCUUCUUACAGAAAGUGGCUCAAAUGCCUCAGGAGGAGGUGGAGCUGCUACCACCGGCCCCCAAAGUUAAAGCUGCCCACAAACCAGGAGGGCCUAUUAGUGCAGGCAGCCAAGCAGAGGCUGAGCCAACAGAUUCACCCCCAUCCACUUAUCCCAGCUCCCCUCCACCUGUGUGUCAGACUCCUGUCAUAGCAGCCACGCCAGUGCCAACCAUCAUCUCUGUUAUCCCUGUCCAAGCUGUGUCUCCCGCUGCCUCCAUAAUGGCUGUGGUUCCCACAGCACAGCCAGUCAUCAAAAAAAAGGGGGUGAAGCGGAAAGCAGACACAACAACUCCCACAACCUCAGCAAUCUCGGCCAGUAGAAGUGACUCCCCUACCCAGCUCCUGGAAUCCCAACAGGGGAAAGUCUCAUCCAGGCGGGAGAGCACGGUGCGACCCGUCAAGCCCCCCAAGAAGGGCACCGAGGACGGAGAGGUGCCACUGCUCGGUGGCAAGAAAGGCAAGCUCGGCGAGCAGCUCAAGCACUGCGACUUCAUCCUGAAGGAGAUGCUCUCCAAGAAGCACGCAGCCUACGCUUGGCCUUUCUAUAAGCCUGUAGAUGCGGAGGCGCUAGAACUGCAUGACUACCAUGAGAUCAUCAAGCACCCCAUGGACCUCAGCACUGUCAAAAAAAAAAUUGACAGUCAAGAUUACCAAGAUGCCCAAAGCUUUGCGACGGACGUCCGGUUAAUGUUCUCAAAUUGCUACAAGUACAACCCCCCCGACCACGAGGUUGUAGCCAUGGCCAGGAAGCUACAGGAUGUGUUUGAGAUGCGAUUUGCCAAGAUGCCGGACGAGCCCAUUGACGCCACCCAGCCCUCCACCAUGCCGGUGGUAAGCAAGAGUACAGAGAGCAGUGAGAGCAGCGGCAACACCUCCAGCUCGGAGAGCUCGGACUCAGAGGAGGAGCGGGCCACGCGGCUCGCCGAACUACAGGAACAGGUGGGUUCGGAACAGCAAAUCACUGUGGAGCACCCCAAUGGUAACAGGGCGGGGGAAAAAAACGGGUGUGCCAAACGUUUUCAGCUGAAGGCCGUUCACGAACAGCUGGCUGUUCUGUCACAGGCCCCAGUAAGUAAACCAAAGAAAAGGGAGAAAAGGGAAAAAGAUAAGAAGAAAGAGAAGGACAAGGGGAAGGCUGAUGACAAGAAGAAACCCAAGUCGGCACCCCAAGCCAAGCCAGCUAAUCAGAAGAAGGCUCCAGUCCGGAAACCAAACAGCAUGGUGGUGGCUACCAGGCAACCGAAGAAAGGGUCCAAGGGGGUGGUGGCGAACAAUGAGUCAGAAGAGGAGCCGUCCCUUCCCAUGUCGUACGACGAGAAGCGCCAGCUCAGCCUUGACAUCAACCGUCUUCCGGGUGAGAAGUUGGGCAGGGUGGUCCACAUCAUCCAGUCCCGGGAGCCAUCGUUGCGUGACUCCAAUCCAGACGAGAUAGAGAUAGACUUUGAGACACUCAAACCCUCAACCCUUCGUGAGCUCGAACGAUACGUCAAGUCCUGUUUGCAGAAAAAGCAGCGGAAACUUUUACGGGGCAUUGAGGAAAACAGUGCCAAUUCUAAGGAAGAACUGGUUCAGCAAAAGAAGAAACAGUUAGAAAAGAGACUACGGGAUAGAAGGCAGGCUCGGCGCCAGCAGGGGGCGCCUCUCGGCUGAGCGGCAGCAGCAGUUCCUCUGACUCUGGCAGCAGCAGCUCCAGUGGCUCCAGCUCAGAAAGCAGUGACUCCGAUUGAUCAGAGAAAGACCCCCAUACCCUGAGUCCCCCUCUCACCUUAGGUAAUUUACCCUCCUUUUUAGCUAGUAGAGUACUCUCUUUUUUUCUUCCCCUGGAUUACUUUUAUAAGAUAAUGAAGACUUUCGAUGACUGAAGAUAUUGAUCAUGUUUUGUAUUUAGAAAUGCCUUUAGAGACAAAGUAGGAAACAUGUAAGAAGAUAUAGCUGACUGAACAUAGUCAGGGUUUGUUUUUGCUGGCCCUCAAAGGGAAAUGCCUGGUAUCACCAGAACCACAUGUUAGUUAUUUUAAUUGAAGAGAAAAAAGAUUUCUGCUUUACAUGGGUGCUCGUAGCUGAAUCAACUUUGAAAGACUGUUAUACCAGUAGGAAAUCUUUAAAAACACUAAGAUUGAUUUUGGUUUGGACAACAUUGUCUCAAGGGACAAAUACAGUCUUUCUCUUCCUGGGAUGGCUGUUGCCUGUAGUUUGACCUUUGCCACUUCACAACAUUCCAUUCCAUUUUCUUUUACUUUAUGUAUACAGCUAUAUUGAAGAAAUUAAGAUAAUUGUUAUUUUUAUGAUCAUAAAUCUCAUUUCCAUUGACAGUGUAAAACAAAUGGUUACUAGUCAUCUAUCGCAAAGAAUUUAUUUUUGUUAUCAAUCUUCCAUGCUCCAAUCAGUAUUUAAAUCUGUUAUGUCUCAAGGGUCUGUUGAAAUAUAGUUGUGGGUUAACACUAGACUGCAGUUGAAUAGAACAUUGACUUAAUCAUGGCCCUAUCUGUAUUUCCUGAGGAUAUUUUAUAUACACAUUUGUGGCAAAGUAAAGUUGCUAUUCGAACACC